AUGUACGUAAUAAGGGUCGUCAUCGCUCUAACGAUGCGUAAACUGGCACUCCUGCUGCUCAUCGGUUCGGUUUUGGGCGAACCGCACGAUGGAUACUUUUACCCACGACCUACGCCACAAUGCCUCCCGCAAGUGUACACCGAAACGGUGACCGAUGUGGCCACCGAAACACUGAACCACUUCUUCACCGACGUUAACACCGUGUUCCUGACGGACUAUCUGACCUCGACGGUGUUUGUGCCGAGGGUGGAGUUCCUCACCAGCACCCUCAUCGUACAGCCGAGUCCUGUGGUCGAGUACGUGACGCAGACCGUUUUCUCCACGAUCGUCGCCCAAGCCGACUUCGGUGGAGUGGCACACUUUGAGUCCGAGAACACUUACUUGCCACCGGCCCCCGCGCCGUUACCUCCGCCACCGCCGCCGCCGCCACCACCGCAGCUGAACCCGGUGCUGUUCAACAAUGCCCUCCAGGUGCAGCAGCCUCCGCCAUUCAUUCCACUGCCGCAGGUAUCGCUGCCACCGGUCCUGGAUCAUCCUGUAACCCACCAUCCGUACGUGGCGUUUGACGACGGUUCUUCAGGACAACGAUCGCUCGGCGAGCCGAUUGGCGAGAUCGGCCAACAGUUUGGAGGGAGCGGGCUAGUCAGUGGGGUUGACAUCCUCCCGCACCUUGGAGCACUGCCCCCAGCGUUCGAUGAAGAAGGAUAUCGGUACAAACGAAAGCUUGACGCGGGGCGUUCGUCGAAAGCACAGAACCGUUCAACGUAA